UGCCUAUUGCAUCGGAGUGUUCUUGAAAGAGGUACCAGGUACCAGCCCCUGGCAGAGAUUCCGAAGUUCACAACCCCGUCCCCGGUGCUACAUGUACUGUGGCUCCCAGCCAGCUCUGGCCGGCUACUACGAAAGCCGAAAGCGUUGAUGCCAAGCACCAGCUAGCUAGUGUCGUAUGAGCUGUCGUAUGCAUACUUGGCUUUGCUACCCUCCGGAACAACCUCCUCUUUCUAGUAGUAAUAGCAUGAGAACACUCAAGAUUCAAGAUCUCAUUGUUUUUAACGAAACGUGUGUUCAUCAUAAAUCUUUGGCUUGAUGCAAAUAUUGCUGUCAGUACCAGGUACCAGUACCGGACACUUUUCGCGAGGCUCGACUGUUCGCAUUGUCCUGCGAAGAUACCUUUCCAUGAAGCAAGUAAUAAGAUUGCCUUCGCGACGGCUUCACCGCCAACCACCAAGCACAUCAAUGCCAAGCAAUUGCGAUCUUGCCAUCCAAUUGAAGAGGACGAUGGGAACUCUAUCCAUCAGCUCGAUCAUGAUUCGCUUUGUCGCGGUUGGCUGAGCCAAUCCAAUCAAUCUAAACCGGGCGAAUCCAGUUCUGUUCCCAAGGAAGCUGGCACCCGAACUCCAACAAGCAAUCCAACCCAUCCGUUUCUCUCUCCCACUAUAAUACAGACGCAGCAUCGGCGAAAACAAAGAAAAGAAAGAAAAUAAUUGGCAAAGUGGGUCACUCGAUUAAAUAAAUAAAAAGCGCCCAGAAACAAUCAUCAGAUCAGGAAUCAAAGGAUAAGGAAGGCAAAAGUUUCAUAUUUUCAACUGGGCGAAAGUUGCAAAAUCGAAUAAAGUUGAAAAGAGCAUUGGCAAAGACAACCAUGGCGACUGAUUCUGCCAAGGCGGAUGCUAUCAAGCCUCCAGAAAUGAAAUGCGUGGAUGGCAACUGGGCAGUCGCCCAUGCAACUUAUCGCAUGAACGACUGUGCCUACAUCUUCCCAAUCACUCCCAGUAGUCCGAUGGGAGAAGAAGUGGAUGAUUGGGCGGCUCACCACAAAAAGAACUUGUGGGGCCAAGAUCUCCGUGUCAUUGAAAUGCAAAGUGAAGGUGGUGCGGCUGGAGCUUUGCAUGGAGCCCUCGUUAGUGGAUCCUGCGCUACCACUUACACGGCUUCCCAAGGGUUGCUGCUUUACAUCCCCAAUCUGUACAAGAUUGCCGGAGAGCUACUUCCUACCGUCAUUCAUGUAGCCUCCAGGGCGCUCGCCGGAGAGGCACUCAGUAUCUAUGGAGAUCACUCUGAUACCAUGCUGGUCCGAGGAUGCGGGCUCGCCAUGAUCAGCUCUUUCAGCGUUCAAGAGGCGCAUGAUAUGGCUGUCAUCACACAGAUGGCGACCUUCACUUCAAGGGUCCCCUUUUUGCAUUUCAUGGAUGGGUUCCGUACCUCGCAUGAAAUUAACAAGAUUGCUCUUGUCAGCGAUGAGCAGUUGCGCAAACUAUUGCCUUGGAAGCAGAUCGAAGAGCACCGUCAAAGGGCCUUGUCGCCUAUGCAUCCCACGCAACGUGGCACGGCACAAGCUCCAGACGUCUUCAUGCAAAUGGUGGAAAGCAGCAACCAGCACUAUCAGGACGUGGACAAGCACUUCAUCAAGGCCUUGGAAGACUUCAAGAACGUCACUGGGAGAGACUACAAGCCAUUCGAAUACCAAUACUAUGGAACUUCUGCACCUCGCGUGGCCAUCAUUACGAUGGGAUCGUCCGUGGCUGUGGUCAACAGCACUCUCAAAGCCACAAAGAACGAACAGGCUUGUCUCAUUGGUGUACGCAUGUUCCGUCCAUGGAAUGCUGACAUGUUUGUGAAGGCUAUUCCAGAAAGUGUCCAACGAAUUGCUGUCUUGGAUCGCACACGAGAAGGUGGAGCCCAAGGCGAACCCUUGUACUUGGAUGUGUGUACCUCCCUUAUGCAGCAGGGACGCGGCAGCCUAUUCGUGGCCGGUGGUCGCUACGGGCUCGGAAGCAAGGACUUCACCCCUCGAAUGGUUAUGGCCGUCGUUCAAAACAUGUUGCGCAAGAACACAAACGACAUACAACGACCCUUUACGGUCGGGAUCACCGAUGAUGUAACAAACCUCAGCUUGACCAUGGGAAGGCACGUCAACAUCUUUGAAACCAAAGCGGAUGACAGCAGUAAUGUUACACAGUGUGUCUUCUGGGGGUUUGGUUCUGAUGGUACUGUUGGCGGAAACAAGGAGGCCAUCAAGAUCAUUGGCAACUACCACGAGAAGAUGUCGGUUCAAGGUUACUUCGAGUACGAUGCCAAGAAAAGCAGCGGUUGGACAAUGAGCCACUUGAGAUUCUCACCCGAGGUCAAGAUUGAAGCCCCUUUCCGUGUCGAAGAGAGUCAAGCCGGAUAUGUUGCUUGUCACAAUGAGUCAUACGUUCAAAAGAACAAGUUCGAUGUUGUCAAGUUCUUGAAGCGAAGAGGAACCUUCUUCUUGAACACAACUGUUGCCUCGCUGCCCGACCCAGAAGAGCGCUUGAAGGCACUCGAGGCAUUGGUCGAUCCUAAGUUGCUGCGACAAUUGGCGCUCAAGAACGUGCAAUUCUACAUCAUGGAUGCCGCAAGCUUGGCAGCCAGGUUUGGGUUGGCAGGACGCAUCAAUAUGAUAUGCAUGUGUGCAUUCUUCCGUUUAAGCGGUGUCCUCCCGCUGGAUGACGCAGUAGCCCUAUUGAAGGCUGCCAUUAAGAAGAAUUAUUCCUACAAGGGAGACGCAGUCGUCAAGCAGAACAUUGACUUGUUGGAUGCAGUUGUUUCGGAUCCCAAGUACAUGCUACAGGUGGAGAUCCCUGCGUCGUGGCGAAGCCUCACGCCCUCCGACAAGGAGCCAUCGUACAAGAAGAGGCACAUCACUUUGAUGGAGGACGAGAAGACAAGGAAGUUUCUGGAUGACAUUUCAGAACCAGUGACACGGCUUAACGGUGAUGACAUACCAGUGUCCAAGUUCCUCGAGAACAAUUUGUUGGGCGGUGUCAUGAUUCCUGGUACCUCCAAGUACGAGAAGCGAAACCCUAAUCCCAGUGGACUCAUCCCUGAGUGGGAUCAAAGCUCUUGCACGCAGUGUAAUCAAUGCAUCUUUGUGUGUCCUCAUGCUGCCAUUCGUCCUUUCGUGGUCACAAAAGAGGAAGUCGCUGCAGCUCCGUUUCCAAAGGAGUUUGAAGUGGUCAAAGCGAUUGGCUCCGAGUUUGCGGGGAAGAAAUACGCCAUCCGCGUUUCCCCAUUGGACUGCACCGGAUGCAAUGCCUGCGUGGAGGCGUGCCCCGAGAACCCCAAGGCUCUGAAGAUGGAGAGCAUUGACAAGGACUUUGAGAGUAACAAAAAGAACUGGGAUUACGCUUACGAGCUGCCUGACCGUGGUGACCUUACGACCAAGCUGACCGUGAGAGGAUCCCAAUUCCAGACUCCCCUGAUGGAAUUCUCUGGGGCCUGCGCUGGUUGUGGAGAAACGCCGUACUUCAAACUUUUGACUCAGCUAUUCGGCGAGCGCAUGGUCAUUGCCAAUGCCACUGGAUGCAGCACGAUUUGGGGUGGUAGCUUUCCUUCGAACCCUUACACUAUGUCGAAGAAGACGGGACGCGGCCCUGCUUGGGCUAACUCCCUUUUCGAAGACAAUGCAGAGUUUGGGCUUGGCAUGUUCACGGCCAUGAAGCACCGCCGUGCCAGGCUUGUGGAUCUGGUACAAGACUAUGUACACAAACUGGAUCUCUUACCUGAGGGUGAAAAGAGUGAAGACGAGAAGUCUUUGGAGUCACUUCUUGUUGAUUGGCUCGAAGUCAAGGACGAAAAGAGCGACAAGCCAACAUUGGUCUAUGACAAGAUGAAGCCAUACUUCAAGGCUCUGUGUCCGGACGAUAGUGGCCGCGGAGAAUCAAAGGACGAAUCUGACAUGAUGUGCAGGCAGGACAAGGAUGCCCUCCUCCACAAGAUUUGGUCUGAUCGUGACAUGUUCCCGAAAAUCUCCCAGUGGAUCACUGGCGGUGAUGGCUGGGCGUAUGACAUUGGCUUCGGCGGUUUGGAUCACAUUCAGGCAUUCGAGGCGAAUGAUGUAAAUGUCUUGGUGGUGGAUACGGAAAUGUACUCCAACACUGGAGGACAGGCUUCUAAGUCCACUCCUGCUGGGGCAACCGUCAAGUUCGCAUCUGGUGGAAAGACACAGCGCAAGAAGAACAUCGGAGAGAUUUUCAUGACUUAUGAACAUGUAUACGUGGCCUCGGUCGCGAUCCACAAUCAAGCGCAGGUCUUGCAAGCCUUCUUGGAAGCCGACAAGCACGAUGGACCCUCCAUCAUCGUUGCAUAUGCUCCUUGCAUCCAGCACGGAGUCAGGCCCCAGGGUUUGAACGACAUGAUUGACGAGAGCAAGUUUGCAGUGGACAGUGGAUACUGGCCGCUCUACCGCUACAAUCCGGAGCUCAUCAAGGACGCCAAGAACCCUUUUGUCUUGGACAGCAAGAAGCUGCGCAAGGACGUGACUGCCUUCUUGCAGCGUGAGUCAAGAUUCUUGAACCUGAAGAAGAACUAUCCUGAAAUCGCUGGGGAUCUCUUUGCCAAGAUGAACAGUGACGUCCAUCACCGUAUGGACCACUUGCGUCAACUCGCCGAGGGAUACAAGGAUUUUGAUCACCCAGACGAUGCCGCUGUCAAGGUAUUGUACGCAUCUGAAACUGGAACUGCAGCUCGUGUCGCCCGCGAUUUUGCCGAUGCUUGUACAUUGUCCCACAAUGCCGAUGCCAUGGACGAUGUCGAGUUGAGUGACAUUGAUGGCAAGACAGUCGUCUUCGUCAUUGCCACUUGCGGUCAAGGCGCUAUGCCUCAGAACGGAAAGAACUUUCACAAGGAACUGUGCAGUCGCACCGAACCAUUCGGAGAGGGCACACGCUUCAUGGUGAUGGGACUUGGUGACUCGUCAUACUUCUUCUACUGCAAAGCGGCGAAGGAUGUGGAGACCCAGAUGCUCAAGCUUGGUGCCAAAAAGAUGCUCGAGAUGGGCUGCGGCGAUGACUCGGAGGAAGAGGGUAUGGAAGCUGGUCUGCAUAGCUGGCUUGACCAGGUUUGGCCGGCAUUGGAAGUUCCUCCCCCCGAAGAAGUUCCUCACAUCACCCCUGUGAAAGUUGCCUUCUCCCAGCGUGCAGUGGCCAACGCCGACGUGGACAAGCACUCUUUGGAGCAGUACUUCUACUCCGAUGCGAUCAAGGCGGUGAGUGUUCCGAUUCUGAGCAACAAGAAGAUGUGCAGCGAAGAUUACAACCGAGACUUCCGUACCAUCCGCAUCAGCUGUUCCGGAAGCAACAGGACUCUGUCUUACCAGCUCGGAGAUGCUCUUGAAAUCUUUCCUAGCAACGACCCGACCAAGGUGUCAGAUUUCCUGCACGCGUACACUCAUGACUACGACGAGCGCACCGUCGUGAGCCUUCAUGCGUUUGGAAUUGACGGUGAGAUUUCGCUUGGAGCUCUCUUCACGAACGUCCUGGAUUUGUUUUGCAAGCCUUCCAUGCAUUUUAUGCAGCAGUUGGCCACUUUCGAGACCAGCGAAGAUGAGAAGAAGAUCAUGUUAGACCCUUCAUUCCUCAAGACCGCAAGCAAGGAAACCGGCAUUACAGUUGCGGAUGCGCUGCUGCGCUUCAGAAAGGCGUGUCCCCCACUACCAGCUCUGCUGUCCAUCAUUCCAACAAUCAAGCCACGUGCAUAUUCGAUUGCCAGUGCCCCGCAAGCCUCGACGAAUGUGAUUGAGCUACUUGUGUUGAUUGAUACUUGGUGGUGCGACGAAGGGCUGAGGUACGGUCUCAAUUGCGAUAUGCUGCGUCAAACAGUUGAAGGCGACCAUCUGUGGUGUCGCAUGAAGGCCGGUUCUAUGGAUCCUCCCGAGCCAGACCAGCCUGUGAUUUGUGCUGGUAUCGGCAGUGGUUUGGCACCGCACAUGGCGUUUUUGCGCGACCAUGUUCGUGCUGCUGAGGCAGGCGAAGAGGUGGCUCCGUUCUCCUUGUACUUUGGCAACCGCAAGCGCGCUGAAGAGUACCUUUAUCAGACAGAGCUCGAGGAGUAUGAGAAGAAGUACGAGUGGUUCAAGCUUCACUCUGCGUUCAGUCGGGACGAUCCCAACAAGAAGGUCUACGUCCAGGACCUUGUGGCGAAAACGGAUGAUGCGAGACUGUUGUUGCGAGACCGCCCUGGAAUGCUUUACAUUUGUGGCAAUCGCAACCUUCCCAAGCCGAUGCAGGACGCGUUGGUCCAGUCGUUUUCGAAGCACAGCGACGACAAGGAAGAGAUUGCAAAGGCCACCACGGAUAUGGAAGACAUGUACAUCCAUGGUCGCGCCCAGCAGGAGGUCUGGUAAAGACAUCCACGUGGUCUCCUGACAAUGGAAUUCACGUAGUUUGCCUGCAUGAUUCAUCAUUCGAUGCAUCAUUCAUCAUUCGUUAGUUACUCUUUUAAAAAAAAAAAAUCAUACUAUAAUAGUAAUUCGUCGCGAACAAAU